CUUCCUUGUCAUGCCUUACUAGAAGGCCUGGCCAAGCUGUCAGCCAUCUAGCCUGCCCCUAUCUCUAAACGUGGGUUGAACUCAUUCAUUCAAGGAGUACCGAGGACAACAUGUAUUGGACAUAGACUGCAGUACUAUUUACUAAGUCUACCCAGUGAAUCUUAAAGCGGUUUUAUUUUGUUUGUGUGUGAUUUGCUGACGACCCACCUAAUAAGACCGGUCUCCUUCCCCUUUUAUUGUGCCUCCCUCCGUACAGGUUCUUCAAGAUGUCGACCUCAGUCCCACAAGGUCAUAACUGGACCCGCCCAGUGAAGAAGGAUGAUGAGGAAGAAGACCCGCUGGACCAGCUGAUCACCCGCUCUGGCUGUGCUGCCUCCCACUUUGCAGUGCAAGAGUGCAUGGCCCAGCACCAGGACUGGCGCCAGUGCCAGCCGCAAGUGCAGGCUUUCAGGGAUUGUAUGAGUGCACAGCAGGCAAGACGGCGGGAGGAGCUGCAGAGGAGGAAAGAGCAAGCCAGUGCGCAACACUGAGACCUUAUACCAUCUCACACAGUGGGCCUGACGAAAUCAGCACCCAGAGAGACCUGGGGAGAAGAAACCCUAAGUAAUAGAAGUGUGCUCCAGGAGGUGUAAAAUCUGGGGACAGUCUUGGGGACAGGAUUGACAGCCGGAUUGACAGCCAGACACCAUGAGGUUGCACACGACGGUCACCAUGAGCUGAUCUAUGGUCAGAUCACAUAUCCUUUCUUCUUCUACCACUAUUUGUGUUUACAACCACACUCCCUCCAUACUACCUCUCAGUCUGUGUGCCAAGUACUUUAUAAGUACAUAUACCACUAAAGAUAAACGGGUUGCCCAAUCAGGCCUUCAUUUUUCAAUCACAAAUUUAACCACAGAAAGUGUUUCUAAGGCAUUGUGUUGGCGAUGUUCAAUUUGAAGAGUAACUUGACCUUCCUGUUGCUGAGAGACUAGUGUGAGAGGCAGAAAUAAAGCAACACCCAAAGGAGUGAACUCAGUUUCCGCAGUGACAUAAGCGCCUUUAUCUUUCCUCACUUCUUCAGUGUAAUGGGGUGGGGGGAGCUAGUAGGGAAACACCGUUUUUUUC